UUUCUAGCUUAUUUGUGUGGCUUUUAUUGUGGAGGUUUCGCCCGGAUGUGUAACUGUGUUUGAUGUCCGGCUGCUGCAGCCACACAGAGAGAAGCCGCUACAGAGAGCUGCUGUAGUUCAGUAAACGAUGUCCGUUCAGAUGAAGGACAAAGACGCGUAUCAGAGGCUGAACUUUCUCUACCAGGCGGCCCACUGCGUUCUGUCCCAGAACCCGGAGAACGUGGAGCUGGCUCGGUUCUACUGCUCCACUCAGAAGACCAUCGCGAGACGUUUGGUGCUCAGGCAAGACCCUUCGGUGAAGAGGACGCUGUGCAGGAAGUGCUGCUCGCUGCUGCUUCCUGGUGUCACCGCGUCCUCCAGACAGCGCAGGAGGAGCAGAAAGGUCCGAUUCACCGUGGUGCGCUGCCUCAGCUGUGAGCAGAGCAAGACGCUGCUGAACCACCCGGACCAUCAGCUGUGGACGGAGCGGCCCGAGGCCCAGCAGGAGCGGCCCAAGCAGCCGGAUCCGGGUUCUUCUGUUAAAAACCCACCAGGGGACCAGACGCGUGACGCCUCUGAAGCGGCUCAGAGCGCCGGCGCCACGUAGAGCCUCUUCUUCGUAUCGCCCAGAUGUUUGACUUCAUGUCGCUUAUGGCCCACGAUCUACUCGAGUCUGCUCACUAACGCGUUGGACCCUUUCAGCACCUUUCUGCCCUUUGGACCGGAGCGGUUCGGGUCCCAUAAGAACUUCAGAAGCAGCUGAAAUGCUGAAUGUGGUUUUUACUCGGAUGGAACGUAAUAUAACGUCCUGUAAUUAUUAAGCCCCUUGCGUCUCCAUGGAAACCAUCACAACCCGAUGGAUCCAUGUCCUCGUCGUUACCGCAGGUCACUCCGCGGUGCCUUCAGGGCCCGUUCAGUAGAAAUGUUAUUAGUGUGAUUCAGGGGGGUUUAUGGCCACCGUGUGGUGAGCUACAAAUCUACAGGCCUAUGUGAGUUUUUUAAAAUUUUCAUUUAUUUUUUUUUAAAGCAGAACUUUAGUGACUUUAUUGAAAAUUGUUGACAAGAAUAUUUAACAUUUUCGAAACAGUAAAAAUCUCUUUCGCUGCUACUUUUCCUUAAAGAUUGAAAAGACAAUAAAAAACCAGGUGUUUCUUUCA